UGCAAAUUUUUGCUUAUUUAAACCUUGACAACCUAAGAUUUUGUUCAAUAUGUUAACUAAUUACUAUUCUUGAUCUUCCCAAGGAUAGUAAAAAUAAAAUUUCCUUGCUAAUUCCAUACUUAAUUAUUAAACAUGCAAAGGCUAAACACUUGUCUUUAUUUGAUUCUUGGUUUUGUUGCACCAUGUUUCUGUGAUACAUCAUUUGUUGGAACCAAUAACACAUUUUUUAAUGUAAUAGACUAUGGUGCUAAGGGUGAUGGCAAAUCUGAUGAUACCCAGGCAUUUGUUACUGCAUGGCAGCAUGCGUGUGGAACACAAGGGGCAUCAACUCUAGUUAUACCACCAAAAACAGUGUUUCUGGUGAGGAACCUACGCCUAGAGGGUCCUUGUAAUGCUACAAGUAUUCUUAUUCAGCUUCAAGGGGAAAUAGUUGCACCUGCCAAAAAUGAAUGGAUAAAUGGUCUCACAAUUGAUGAAGAGUCUAAUUUGAUUUUGAUCUCAAAAGUAAAUAGUCUCACGGUUGAUGGAAACGGAGGGCUAAUAGAUGGCUAUGGUUCUACUUGGUGGGCAUGCAAACGUUGUACACGACCAAUGAUCCUUAAAUUCCUAUCAUGCAAUGAUCUUAGUGUUAGUAACCUGAUGAUCAUAAAUAGUCCAAAAGCUCACAUACAUGUAAAUUUUUGUGAUGGUGCCAUAUUAUCUAAUAUCAAUAUUAGUGCACCUGGUGAUAGUCCCAACACCGAUGGAAUUGAUAUUUCUUCCUCAAAAAAUAUCAUAGUAGAAGAUUCCACUUUCGAAACUGGUGAUGAUUGUAUUGCCAUCACUGGUAACUCCUCUUACAUCAAUGCCACAAGAAUUGCUUGUGGACCAGGUCAUGGAAUAAGCAUUGGAAGCCUGGGUAGAAACAAUGCUAAUGAUAGAGUGGAAGAAGUUCAUGUACGAAAUUGUACCUUCACAAACACCAAAAAUGGAGCAAGAAUCAAGACAUGGAUCGGUGGAUCAGGUUAUGCAAGAAAAAUCUACUUUGAGCAAAUCAUAUUAUCACAGGCUAAAAACCCAAUAAUUAUAAAUCAGUACUAUAGUGAUUAUGUAACGAAUGGAGGGUUGGAAGUGAGCGACGUGACAUACCGUGGAUUCCAAGGAACAUCUCUGAAUGACAAAGCUAUUACCUUAAAUUGUUCCUCAUCAGGUUGUUUCAACAUUGUAUUGGAUCAGAUUAACAUUGUCUCUUCUGAACCAGGAGCGACGGCUUAUUGCACUAUCUAUAAUGCUCGUGGAACAGCUACAUCUACGGUUCCAAAUUGUUCUCUGUCGACAUGAAUUAUUGGCUUCAUAUAUGUAUAAGCCAAAUGCCUAGAAGUGGCAUUUUUAUGAGAACUUUAAUAAAUGUCAUUGGGAACACCCAACUAUAAGAUAUUGAUAGACAAAAACCGUUAGUGUAAGGGUGCUGUCAAGUAAUAAAAUUUAUU